CGAUGAAGUUAUUCCAGCUAUGCUUAUCUAUCAGCCGAAUUCCGCUUAUGUUGGAUCGAAAGUUAUCGUAGCUGGAUGGGGUACGGGAAAUAGUGGCAGCAGUUCAUCUAUCCUUCAAACAACGAAAUUAAACAUCAUAUCGAAUACUGAAUGUGAAAGAGUAAUUUUUGAAAUUGAUGGUGAAAAAUACAGAAUUCACGACAAAUUUAUAUGUAGUAUUAAGAAGCCAUUUGCUUUGUUAGCUGAUGGAGAUAGUGGCGGACCUCUUUUCUUUGAAAAAUACGUUAUCGGGAUAAGCCAAGGAACUUGUCCUAAACUUGAAAUCGGUUUUCAUCCAAAAAAAACAAAUAUGCACAGUUCUGUUAAUCAUUAUCGAUAUUUCAUUAUUCACGCUGUUAAUAUGUAUUAAUUUAAUUUUCAAUAAUUGUAAGUGA